CUAAAUUCUAUUUCUAGACACUUAAACACAGCCGCUGCUGAACCACUUACAUUAUUGUACAUUGGUUACCGAGCUACUAAAACUGCGGCACCUAAACUGAUUCGAACUUGUCUUGUCCUCAACAGAUUAGCGAUAAGAAGAAAAUGGAUCAGUCUGGAACACGUGAAUCUUCCUUUCCAGCCUUCCAGAGCCGUCAGGCCCUGAUGGUCUUUAGGGACAUUUUGGACACCGUUCUUCAUCUGAGUGAUGAGGAAUGGAAGACUUUGACUGAGGACAUGACGCAUCAGUACACGAAACAGAAGUUUGUAUCUCUCUGCACCGAAAUCGUGACGUCCAUGUCGGAGUCCGUCAUCGGGAAGAUGAUGCCGGAUCUCAUCGAACGUUUCGGGAUUGAAUCGGUUCUCCGUGCAAAAGCUAAGCUGAAGGAAAAGGAUGAAUGUGAAUCAAGGAGCCGUUCUGCAACACCGAGCUGCUCAGGUCAAAGUCUACCAGAAGACUCCUCUGAUUUGGUACAGAACUCCAUUCAAACAGCCAUCACUAAAAUCAAAGCUGCAAUGCAGGAGGCAAUCCGGAGGGUCGCAUCAGGGAAAAAGAUAAAGACCGGGGCUAAUAAGAUAUUCAAGUCACUCAAAAAGAUCUCUCGUAAGUCUCAUGUUAAGCUUGAAUCUGGCGAUUCAGUGCAGCUCAAAAACAGGGCUACGUGGGAUGUGAGUGAUCUGCUGGUGAAACAUUUUUCACGUGUUUUAAAAAGUUUGGACCCCAGCGUAGUGACGACUUCUGAUGCCAAGGAAAUGAUUGAAAUAGUGGUCAGUGGUUUAGUCAGUGCUGCUGAGGAAAAAGAUGAUGAUCGUGUCAGUCCAGUUUAUAUCGCGAAAAAUGGCCGUGUUCGUGAAGCACGUAAAAACGCACGUGUUUUAGCAAAUCUAAUAGCUGAACCUUUCUUCAAAUCAAACAGAGCAGGAGGUUUUGUCAGGACCUGUUCCUCAGAUUCUCUUUUUGAGACUGCAGGGACUGAGGUCAACACCGUAAAUUCCAUCCCCUCCCAUUCCGAGACAAUUUACACUUUCGCAGAGGAGUCCACCGAGUGCUUGCCUUCGUUCAUAGGAAGUCCUGUGAAACCAGAUUUCUCAGCAGAGUCAAAGAAAGGUGAUGAUGCCGCUGUCAUUCCGAUUUCCGUUAUAGAUGAUGGCCAUGUUCACCAAAUAACAGAUCAAAACAAGCCUUUGUUCAAAAAAGGAAAGGACACAGUACUUGAGUCCAACAUGUGCUUGUCAAAAUGUGUGCAGAAACAAAGCUCUAAACGUCCACCUCUGCCAUGGUCUAAUGAAGGUGCUUCAUGCAGUUCUUCUGAAGUCAUUUCAUGCGCAGGUGCAGAACAUGAAGCAGAAAAAAACAUCUUGGACAGACCAGCUGGCCGCCUAUCGCCUUUGUUUAAAGGAAGCCCUGAGAACCCAGAUUUCUCAGCAGAGUCAAAGAAAGAUGAUGAUCGUGGUAUUCUGAUUGACAUCACAGGCGACGCCAGUGCUCCCGAAAGAACAGCUGAAAAUGAACUUUUGUUAAAACAAAAAAAAAACACAGUACGUGAGAAAGCAAACGUCUUAACAAAUCUAAAAGCUAAAGUUUUCUUCAAAUCAAACAGAGCGGGACGUUUUGGCAGGACCUGUCCCUCAGAUUCGCUUCAUGAGACUGCAGGGACUGAGGUCAACACUAUAAAUUCCAUCCCUCACUAUUCCAAGAACAACACUUUUUCAGAGUCCAAAAGGUGCUUGCCCAAAUGUGUGCUGAAACCACGCCCUGAACGUCCACCUCUGCCAAGGCCUAAACAAGGUGCUUCAUGCAGUACUCCUGAAGUCAUUUCAGGCUCAGGUGCAGAACAUGAAGCAGAAAAAAAAAUACUGGACAGACCAGCUGAAAAGGACACUGUACGUGAGCAAGCAGAUUCCCUUCGUGAGACAGCAGGGACUAUAAGUCAUGGCGGCUCUGCAGUCUGGUUUGACAUUAUUCUGGAGAAAAACCCACCCAUAAACUGCUGUGACUUUAAGAAAGAGAACAAUGGCCGUGCAGAUAUUCUGAAAGUCAGUGAGCAGCCCACCGGUUCCACCAAGGAAGACCUUCCCAUGACUUCACACGGUGAAUCAAACGGCUCCAGGCGCUUCAGGAAUUUCCGCAAACGACUGACCAGGAGCUUCUCCCGCAUCUACAGAGCCUGUACCAGCUGCGGCAGAGAUCAAUCCACUCUCUAACCCUGCAGAAAUGAUAAAUAAAGUUGAGGUCAUUGAA